AUGGCUGAAGUAGAAUCUCAUAUCAUGGCCGUCCCGGAACACGUCCCUGAACCAUCAGUAUCAGAAAUCCCCACUACAAAUGAUGAUAAUAAAAGACCAAAUGAAGAAGAAGAAGCAACAGAAUCAACGGAACGAGCAACUAAACGUAGAAGAGGUAAAAGAGGACCAAGACAAAAAAGAUAUAAGAAGAAAGAUUUAGAUCCAACUUCUCCAUUAGGUGUUUUAGAAUAUGAAAUUAAAGAAUUAUUAUCUCAACAUAAUUUAACUGAAGAUGAUGUUAAAAAUGACAUGCCAGGAAUUCUUAAUGAUAAAGAAAUUUUCCGUAAAUAUAAUGAUAGAAUAAUCAAUGAUGUUGAAAUUUUAUCCUUAUCAUCAAAUGGAGAUUCUAUUGCAAUCAUUCCUCAUGUUGAACCAAAUAGAAAACAAAUUGCUGUAAUUCCAUUUGGUUUACCAGGUGAUAUUGUUACUAUUAAAGUUCAUAAAAGUCAUCCAUUAUAUGUUGAAGCAGAUUUACGAGAAGUCGAUGAGACUAAACAAUCAAAAUUAAGACAAGAUGAUAUUAUUAAAUGUAGAUAUUUUGGGAAAUGUUCUGGAUGUCAAUUUCAAAAUGUUGAUUAUGAAGAACAAUUAAUUAUUAAAAAACAAACUAUUGAAAAUGCUUAUAAAUUUUUUGCACCAAAUUUAUUAACUGAAGGGAAAUUACCAAAUAUAUCAGAAACUCAAAGAUCUCCAACGAUUUAUAAUUAUAGAACCAAACUUACUCCACAUUUUGUUUUAGCUAAUAGAAAAACAGGCAAAGAUUUACCAUGUCCUCCAAAUUUAGGGAUUUCUGCUAAAGGUAGACCAACAUGGAGAAAAAAUGUUGAUUCUGGACCUGAUGGAACAAAUGUUGAUAUUGAAGAAUGUGCAAUUGCUACAUUAACAAUCAAUCAAGGAUUGGAUAAUGAAAGAAAGAGAUUUCAUAAAGAAUAUGAAAAAUAUACUAAAAUUGCUACAUUUUUAUUAAGAGAAGAUACAAAAGUUUUAAAUAAAGAUACUGUUAUUGGAGAAGCAUCAAGAGAUGAAAAUGGUGAUGUUUCUACUUUGGAAGUUACUUUAGAAGAUGAUACUAAAUUAGUUAAAACGUGUGUAACAAAUCCAAGACAAAUUGUUCAAGAAUAUAUCGAUGGUUAUACUUUUGAAUUUACAUCUGGUGAAUUUUUCCAAAAUAAUAAUUCCAUUCUUCCAAUAAUUAUUAAUUAUGUCAAAUCAAAUUUAAAAUUAUCAGAUACUGAACCCAAUUAUCUUGUUGAUGCAUAUUGUGGAUCUGGAUUAUUUUCAAUUACUUGCUCAUCAAAAGUAUCUAAAGUUAUUGGAGUUGAAAUAUCUGCAGAAUCAAUUAAAUUUGCAAAAAUUAAUGCUAUUAAAAAUAAUAUUUCUAAUGCUAAAUUUAUUGUUGGUAAAGCUGAAGAAAUUUUUGCUAGUAUAGAUACUCCAAAUGAUCAAACUUCUGUUAUUUUAGAUCCUCCACGUAAAGGAUGUGAUGAUGUUUUCUUGAAUCAAUUAUCAGAUUAUAAUCCAGCAAAAAUUGUAUAUAUUAGUUGUAAUGUUCAUUCUCAAGCUAGAGAUAUCGAAUGGUUUAUUAACAAUACUGGAAAUGGUCAUAAAUAUCAAGUUGAAAGCAUUAAAGGGUUUGAUUUCUUCCCUCAAACACAUCAUGUUGAAAGUGUUGCUGUAUUAACUUUGAAAGAAUAA